AUGACAAGCCAAGAUCAAACUAACCGAAGAAUACAAGAUAUAAAUACUGGGUCUAUUUGGACCGAAGAAGUAAGCACUCCCGGCCGAUACACAACUCCCUACACAGGAGGAGUCCAACCCAAGCCAAAUACUCUCAAACAAAUGAAGAAAGAGUUUGUAGCAGCUGGCUGGAUUCCAUACGUCUUGGUACUUGUUUGGUUAUUCGGAUUUGCUGGUGUUCUUACUCAACUAUACAAGCACAUUCCACUACUAGGCGAGAACCCAUCCCCAGAGGCUUUAGCAAAUGCAGCUCCAUAUACCUUUACUAUCCUCUGCUUCUCAUUGGCAGCACUCACCUCAAUAUUCUUUACGUAUCUAAUGAUAAGCAAAGGAAACAAAGGACAUUCAUUUGCCUAUCGUUUUGUUAAGUUUAUUAUUAUUAUUGGUACUGGCGAACUAUUAAGCCAUCUUGUUUCUUAUCUCUAUUUCUUCUUUAUCCAGUAUGUUAUUGGAGGUGUUCUUGGCCCAGGCCCUAUCAUUCGGCUUUUAAUGCCACUCUUCCUAUGCCACACCGCCCAUACAAUCAACCUCAUCUACUUCUUGAACAAUGUCCAAACUAAAGGCAUACAUCGUUGUAAAUGGCAGGCAACUCUAAUUCUUAUUUCAACUACUGGCUUAUACACAAGUACGGGCCUAGCUAUACUUCAACACUAA